AUUAGUUAUAAUUUUUUGACAAAAUUUUUCAGUGAGAGUCCCCGAAAAAUCCCCCAAUUUUCACAAUUGGUAACUCAAAAUUUGAUUAUCUCUUGUAUAGAAUAUAGUUAAAAUAUAAAAGUCUUAAUAGGUAUGAAGUGAUAAUGGAAGAAGUUCCUGUAAAGAAAAGGAAGAGGACCUAUGGUACUUUUGUAUGUGAUUAUCCUGAAUGUAAUCGAUCAUUUUCUCGACCCGAUCAUUUAUCUAGACAUAAAAGAAACCAUGAUCCGUUUACAAAAUUACACUGUUCUUGGCCCCAUUGUCAUCAAACGUUUUCAAGGAAUGAUAUAAGAGAGAAACAUUAUCAGAGGCAUUUGGCAAAAGCUGAACUACAGCAGGAUCAACAUCCUCAAACUUCAAUUGAUCAAAUUGGAAAUGAUCAAGUAUCUACUCAUGAUUCGUCCCCCAACGCAAGCUCACCUUUAGCAACGGCUAACCAGAAUGAACCACGAGUUCUAUCUCCCUAUGACUUAAUUGAAUGGCUCUAUCAAGAUGAUUCUUUUUCAAAAAAUAAUUCAAACAGUGAAUUUUAUCACUUCCCUAAUGAUAUAUCACCUUCUUCUUUUCUAGAAAAUGUAUUUGCAAUUUCACCAGAUUUUCCUCAUUCAAAUAAUAGAAAAAGUGUCGAUGAAGGUAUACGGCAGAGUCUCAUAAAGUUGAUACCGUCAUUGAAUUCUAAUUUAGAUUUUGGCAUAGCUCAAAUUGAGAGAUGUCUUGAACUUUAUUGGUUGCUUUAUCACCCCCAGUAUCCUAUUUUGCAUAAGCCUUCGUUUUCAAAUUAUGAGGCUCACCCUUUAUUACUUUUAUCUAUGAUUAUUUUAGGAGCGAGUUUAUCAAGUUGUAGUGGGACGAGUGAAACAUUGUUUAAUAAUGCCCAAAAGUUGGCAGAGGAAAUUGCUGAACCAUUGAGAUGGUUAAUCUUUUCUCAUUCCGAUUGCAAGCCUCCUGCAAAAGUGUAUAUCAUUCAAAGUUUGUUAUUAUUGGAAUCAUUUGAGAUUAAUAAUACAUCUAGAUCAUUGCAUGAAAGAGCAUUUUUAUAUCAUGGAACCAAAAUUCAAAUAUUAAGAAGAAGUCCUUUGUUAGGGGGUGACCCUUUAAGAAAAGAUGUAGAAAAACCACCUCAUGUAUGGAAACAAUGGAUUGAAUAUGAGUCUAUGAAACGAGCCUGUUUAAUGGCAUUCUAUUUAGAGACUGUUAAUGCCACAGUUUAUGGGCAUACCUUGAUUCUAUAUGCUUAUCAAAUUAAGUUAUCUCUACCAUGUGAAGAUAGUAUAUGGGAAUUUGAUAACCUGCAACAAAAAUUGGAUGCAGCGAAUUAUAAUAGUUUACAAUCACCAAAAUUCCUAGAUGCUUUAAGGAGAGUUUUAAAUCGAGAAAAUGUACAAACCACUAGGUUUGGAAGAAGUGUAUUAUUAGCAGGAUUGCUAACAAUACUAUUUCAAAUGCAGCAAAGAGAUCUUCAAUUGUCUUUCUUAGAAUGGGACUCGAUGAAAGAAUCUUGGAAUGAGACUAUUUCCUUAGCAAUUGAUGUAUGGAAAGUACAAAUAUGUUCUCAUGGUUGUUGUGAUACAGAAAGUGCAGUAAAUCUAAUUGAAAUUGAUCAUCAGAAAUUACCAUCAAUGUUGAGAAGUACUGAUACAAGAUGUAAAUUUAGUCUUUAUCAUAUUGCUCAAAUUUAUAUGAGAAUAACUCAUUAUGAUUACAUUGUAUAUGCUGGUGCACCUAGUCGAAUGAAUGUUAAAGUUACUGACAGAGAAUAUGAGAAUGUUGAAAUUCGUGUCCAUGAUUGGUCCCACAGUUUGAAUGGAGCAAUUAGUGUGAUACAUGCUUAUUUAAUUUUAUGUGAAAUGUUAUUAUCACCAAGCACUGAAGACAUAACUUAUAUCUAUGACCCAAAUUCAGAUCCCUUCCUUCAUCGAAAGAAUAUAAUUAUCAGUGCCGUGUUAGUGAUUUUUGCUUAUAAUUUUUCUCGAGAGGGUCCAGAGUCUAAUAUUUUUGAUCAAUGUGGUGAUUAUUAUCCUGAUAUAGAAGAUGGAUAUUCGUAUUUAAGAAGAAUCAGAAAGGAAUUAUCUAAAUCAAAUGCAGGAUCAUUUAAUGGUAUGGAAGAAAUAAGCAUAAAACCAUCAGAAUAUCAUGCUAAAAUUAGGGCACACGCUAAUACGUUAAGCUCCAUAAAGAAUAAGAAUCAUAUAGUGGGACUUUUGAAAUUAUUUUAUAAGAGUUUUAAAACUAGUAAAUGGGAAUUGGGAAUUGAAUAUUCUUAUUUACUAAAAAAUUGUAUAGAACGAAGUUUAGGUAGAAAGUCAGUUACUUGUGAGAAGAUGUAUUUAUCACAAUUCUAAUGUACAGU